AUGUCGUCAACUAUACCGCACGGGGAAUUUCCUGCCGAAAUCUGGCUACAAAUCUGCAUCUACCUAGAUAGUUGCACCGUCGCCGCGCUCGCGCAAGUCAGCAUCAAGCUCCACACGAAUCUUCAGGAAGAAGUAUACCUCGCAGCGAUACGCGAUGGCAUUACCGACAUCAUUACCAGAAGCGCCGCGACAGGGAACCUGGUCACUCUCCAGCGCAUAGCGUCGCACGGCGCCGACAUGAACAAAGUCUAUUCAUUCGAUGCUCCUCAGUGCCUCGAAGACUGGGUAAAAGUAGAAUAUUGGAAGGAGUGGAAACGCCGAGAGGUUCCAAGCGAUGACGGUGUCAAGGUCGCGCUGUCGAAAGCAUGCUUCGCGACGCCCUUACACCUCGCCGCAAAGGGCGGGCACUACGAUACCGUCCAGUGGUUACUGGACCAGCACUCUGUCGAUAUGGAAAUGCCGGCGAGGUUUCUGUGCCAGUGUAUUCCCCCAGGCACCUUUCAGGUUCCCGGUUGUCACUUGAUGGGGCAUGCUGUGCCGGCCUGGACGCCCCUACACACUGCUAUUUGCAACCACAAAGUCUCCGUCGCGCGCCCACUGCUCUCCCGCGGCGCUCCGUCUCGAAAAGUAAGUGUGAGCCAUUCUUCGCCAAACUACCCUCGCGUCAACCAGGUCUUCGCCAGUGCCUAUAGGGGGUUGGAUCCGACAAAGUAUCCAGGUCCAGCGGUGAUGGUUUCCGCACUCCAAUCCGCCGCCUUUUCCGGCAAUUGGCCCAUCAUCAAAGAGCUCGUGCAGUGUAUGGGAGUGGAUGUUGACGAAGUCGUGGUGGAAAGUGGUGCGACGCCGUUGUAUUACGCCAUAACGGCGCGUAAUGAGCUUUCGGUCGCCCUCCUGCGACGUCUCGGGGCAGACCCGGAGCAGCCCUUCACGCCAGAAUGGCGUAGCGUUCACUACAAUAACGAUUUCGAAUAUGCUCUGGUCAUGGAAGAGACAGAUCCGACACCCAAUAUUUCUGAAUUAUUCUCAUCGGAAGUGGCAACUGAUAUCUUCAAAUUCUCAUCAAACGUGGCAAAGUCAAAUGCGGCACGUUAUCUCUUUUCAGAAUCGGAAGGCGCCUGGUAUUGUCCUUCGGGAACCGAAGGUAAGAUCGUCUCCAGGCUGAGACAAUCACUCUCAACGGCGAGGUCCGAGUAUUGGGCAAGGAUUAUACAACCCCUCUGGCACCGGGCCUGA